AUGACAGUGGCAGACCUUGGAGGACCUUUACACUCACUGGUUAUUGCUGGUGAUAUGCAUCCAAUUGAACUGGAGAUGUUGAGGGAAUUCGCUGUUGAUAAGGUCUAUUUGAUAAGCUUUUGGAAGACGCAAGGUAGUUCACAGGAAGAAGCAACUUACUUUAAAGAAGGAAUAAAGUGUAACAUAAUGCAGAGUGGGGACAGUACAUGUAACACACAGAGUAAGGGGUAUGAGCAGUGGUGGUGCCAGCUUCUGAAAUCUGGGAGGGAGAGCAAGAAAUGUCUGAUUCGUAACCCCAAAAAACGUCCGUCCAUUGAGACACUUCUGAAGCACCCGUUCCUAAGGAACAAGACGCAAGAUAAAUUGGCAAGUUCAACGAACUCUGGUACGUGUGACUUUAGCGCAAGUCAACUGCAGGCUCUGAUUAGUCAGCUUUCAUCAGUCCGGGUGCAUUCGCCAAAAAGUUUGAGUGCAAUAUCAAAGGCAAAGGGUUUGAUCGAACAGCUUACAAAAAAAAGUGGCAUUUCUGACACACCUGCAGAGUUAGAACAAGCAAUUUCUGGUAGUCAUCCUGCUUCCUUGACAGUAAUAGAAACAGCGCCCUCGGUGUCAGCUGCCGUUUUUCCGUUGUCUCAACCUCCAAUGAAACAGGCAAGGAUGUCUGCUAGACAGCCUCUCCAGUCAGUCAACAUGGUGGAUGUUCAGAAAGUCCAGACCAACUUGAAAUCAGGAACAUCUGCAUCCAGUUCUGGACUCAAACACAGAUAUGAAAUAAAUGAUAAGGAGAAUCUUGGCAUGAGAGAAAGUAUGGUUAAUAGUCAAUGA